AUGCAACACAACGGACUCCGCCCCAUCAACCGCGUGAUCACAGACCACGACGCUCAAGGGACGACCAGAUUCCAGGAUAGGAUCCCUGAACCCCUCAAAUGGCAGCAGCUAGCAAACGGUGCCCACUUUUCGCUUGCCUACGGGACGAACGAGGUCCCCGUCAACUUGACCGGCGAGAAGGAUCUCAAUGUUUACCAGUCGUUGCUGGGAGAUCUCCCGGGUGUUACGAUUCCCGGCGGCACGGUCUUGCGUGUCGUGGACAUGAACCCUGGGGCCAUCUCACCCAUGCAUCGGACUGUCAGUCUGGACUACGGAGUGGUGCUCGAAGGAGAGGUUGAGCUGGUGCUGGACUCGGGAGAGACGAGGUUGCUCAAGCGAGGCGACAUCGCGGUUCAGCGCGGGACAAACCACGCGUGGAGGAAUACGAGUGAGACCAACUGGGCUCGGAUGUUAUAUGUCCUCCAGGAGGCUCAGCCUUUGCAGAUAAAUGGGGCUACACUUGAGGAGGACUAUGGGGGCGGGAUGGACGAUGUGAAGCCUUCCAAGUGA